GGGUGGGAGGCAGCCAUGUUGGAGCCUCCCUUUGGCUGAAAUGUUAUUAUUCUUAGAGGUCAUCGGAGGUUGGCCUGGGGCCUGGUGGUGUCACGGUGACAAAUUCUGAAUCUGGGUGACCUGCACAGGGACUCGUAUCACCGCCGGACACCAAGAGAAGGGGGAAACUGGGUAAAGAAAAACAGCCCAGAGACACUCAGGCUGAGCUAGGAGCAAGCGACACAAGCCACGGAGGAGGCAGAGGUGAGCAGGAUGGAGAACGGAGACGUGCAUGGAAGGAGGGGUUAGAGGACUGGGCCUGUAGGGGACCACGAGACAGUGAGACAGCCGGGGGGACCAGCAGGCAGAAAGAAAAGCUACUCCGAGGCCCACCAGGAGAUGGAAAAGAGGAACGCUGUUGAAGAUCCCACCACAAGACAGACAGACGCCCCAGAGAAGUGAGAAUUGACUGGCAGAUCCCAGCUACCAUAAGGACCGUGGCCAGUGCUCCGUGGCCAGUGGUGGACAUCCAAAGUGGUCCAUCCUCUUCCUCCCGCCCCCGGGAGCUGUCUUGUUGGAGGUACGGUGGCAGACAGCUGUGUGUGUGUGUGUGUGUGUGUGUGUGUGUGUGUGUGUGUGUGUGGAGAUGGCAGACUCUUGCCGAAACCUCACCUACGUGCGGGAUUCGGUCGGACCUGCCACCAGCACCCUGAUGUUCGUGGCAGGUGUGGUGGGCAAUGGGUUGGCACUGGGCAUCCUGGGUGUGCGGCGGAAGUCACACCCAUCGGCCUUUGCCAUACUGGUCACCGGGCUGGCUGUGACAGAUCUGCUGGGCACAAGCUUCCUGAGCCCCGCCGUGUUCGUGGCCUAUGCCCGGAACAGCUCGCUGCUGGGCCUGGCGCGUGGGGGGUCGGCGCUCUGCGACACGUUUGCCUUCGCCAUGACCUUCUUCGGCCUCGCCUCCACCCUCAUCCUCUUCGCCAUGGCCGUGGAGAGAUGCCUGGCCCUCAGCCACCCCUACCUGUAUGCCCAGCUGGACGGGCCACGCUGUGCCCGCCUGGCCCUGCCUGCCAUCUAUGCCUUCUGCAUUCUCUUCUGCUCCCUGCCCCUCAUGGGCCUGGGCGGACAUCAGCAGUACUGUCCGGGAAGCUGGUGCUUCAUCCGCCUGCGCUCCGCUCAGCCUGGGGGUUGCGCCUUCUCGCUGGCCUACGCCUCCCUCGUGGCCCUGCUAGUGGCUGCCAUCUUUCUCUGCAACGGCUCCGUCACCGUCAGCCUCUGCCACAUGUACCGCCAGCAGAGGCGUCACCAGGGCUCGGCGGUGCCCAGCUCCCGGGCACGUGAAGAUGAGGUUGACCACCUGAUUCUGCUGGCUCUUAUGACGGGCGUCAUGGCUGUGUGCUCCCUGCCUCUCACGAUCCGUGGCUUCACCCAGGCCGUGGCCCCGGACAGCAGUGAGAUGGGGGACCUGCUGGCCUUCCGGUUCAACGCCUUCAACCCCAUCCUGGAUCCCUGGGUCUUUAUCCUUUUCCGCAAGGCCGUCUUCCAGCGCCUCCGGGUCUGGUUUUGCUGCGUGUGUCUCCGGCCAGGCCACGGAGACUCGCUGGCACCCCUCUCCAGGGCCACCUCGGGGAGCAGGGACCCACGGGGCCCCACUGAUCUGCAGGAGAAGGAGGAGAGCUGGGUGCCCCUGCCGGCCUGGGGCACGGGGCAGGCGGGACAGGGGGCUCCUGUGCCCCCCCAGUCCCGCGGUGGUGGCAGCUCCAUGGGUACGCCAUCCAAAGGGGAGCCCCUGGUCGCCUGCUCCCUCUGCUGACAUCUAAGGUAGCCCCGCCUGUGAGCUGCCAGGCCGGUGACCUGAGACCAGGAAAGCCAGGGACCUGGCUCGUGGUUAUCAGUAGCCACAUAAUGAACCCCGAGUUCUGAGGGCUGGUCUGCUGCUAUUUCUCCUUCAGGGAAUUCGCUCCAGGCUCUGGGAGGAGAGUGAGGGACGCCGGGAUCUUGGAUUCUGGAGCUCAAGGAUGGGUCUCUCAAAAUAACCAGUGUCCUGGCCCAGCUGCUCUGCCCUUCAGCUCCCCAUCCAUCUUACUGUCUAAAUAUUUAGGAAGCAAAAAAAUUCCCAGCAGCUUCUGUGUACUCAGGUCGGCUUGGGGUAGAGUUCCCAUUUGUAUCCAUGAAGGGAGCCCCUGUCUGCCCACCCCAGGGCCCCAGGGGACACAUGGUCAUGCCCUCUCCCAAGGCAUUUCAGGCACCACUGCCUUUCUCAGAAAACAUCCCCGCUUCCCCCACCCCCGCUGCUUUUCCCAUCCCCUAUCCGACUUGGGGUCUUGAACCCCAAAGGGAAUUGAGAAAGAAGGGGAGGACACUGUGUUGUAGGUGAAUUGCUGGCCUGAGGAAUCCCACAGCUGGGGAGGUGGGGGCUGUGCCUUGUAAACUUUUCAGGGAGAAAAAUGGAGAUGGUGAUGUGGGGCUGGGAGGCUCCAGGAUUCUAAGCAAGAAUUCAGACCUAAGUCCCGAGCCUGUCCCCAGGUCUGGAACAAAAACUGCUUCUUUCUGGAGUCAGACCUCAACCUCAUUGUCUUUGGAGCCCUUAUAAAGAUUCAUUCAGCCGGGUGUAGUGAUGACGCAAUCCUUUAAUAAACCAGCACUCAGGAGGCCAGGUCGGAAGAGCACUGUGAGUUCGAGGCCAGCCUGAGACAACAAAAUGAAUCCACGUCAGCCUGGGCUAGAGAGAGACCCUACCUUGAAAAAACAAACAAACAAACAAAUAACAACAAAAAAAAGAUUUCAUUCAUUCAUUAUUUAACAACAUCCUUCCCCUCCAGCCCCACAAGUCAGAUGGCAGGGGUCGUCUCUGGGGAUGAUGGGGAUCUGCUGGGAAGACCAAUGCUCAGCCUUUCCACAUUCUCACGGCCAGCCCCUGGCCUCAGAAGCCAGGAAUCCAGGGUGCUUGGGAAUGAGGCAGGCAGUGAGCGGGCUGGAGGGUUGGGGAGGGUGAAUGAGAUAGUCACCCACCCAGACAAGCCCAUCGCCCCCCCCUCAAAUACAUGAAUAGACAAAAUUAGGCCCAGCACGGUGGCACAUGCCUUUAAUCCCAGCACUCGAGAGGCAGAGGUAGGAGGAUCAUCAUGAGUUCAAGGCCA